AGAUAAUUGAAAAUUGUUGUAAAUUAAAUGCACGUGAAAAAUAUAUUUAAAGAUUGUUUCAAAAGAAUCUGGUUUUAUUUAAGCAUAUUUUAAAAUAAGUUUUAUAAAAUUAUAAUUAGCAAAAUUCAGAGUUACAAAGACUCGAUGAGUUAUUGAUUAAAUAUUGUUUAUUCAUGAAAAAUAGAUUAGAAAACCUAUUGAAUGUGAGAUGAGUGCACCGUAAAGAUGGUCAUUUUUGGAGCAACUGCAGCUGUUUGACUAAGUUAAAAAUUCAAAUUUCGCGCCGCAUUAUUACCGACUAUUUAUUUAUUGUAACUACUUAUAGGUAUAGGUAUAUAACGUAACAUAAACCAAAUUUGCAUAAAAUACUAUGAUUUAGUAAGCAAACUUGCUUUGGCGGCAAAACAUUGAUUUAAAAGUUUUAAUUGAUAAGUUUUAAAUGAUAUUGAAUACAAUUUUGUGCACGUAUGUCCCUAUUGAUUAGGAAAUUUAAAAAAAAAAUCAUCGAAUACGACCGUCUAGAUUUGCUCCAAAACUAAUUUUUUUAUACUUUAUUAUUAGAUGUAACAGAUAUGCGCGCUGACAAUUACGCUGGCGGAUCACAAGAUAAGGUUGAAGUUUAACGACCAGUGCCUGAUAAUAAUUUCUAUUAUGCUUAGUUCGCAAGCGAAAGAGUAUGUCGUGUAAAUUGCACCGACGUUUCGUUGUAAAUUUCUUUUUCAAUAUUUUUACGUCUAUAAAUUAUUCACCCCGUCAUAGUGAAAUCAUUGUGCAAUUCAUACGAAAAGUGCAGGUCAUAGAAAUGGAAUGUCAAAAAAUUAUUGUCGACUGUGACGCUGGAACCGACGAUGCCUUGGCUUUGAUAUUGUUGAUAGCCGCCCAUAAACAAAAGAAAAUUGAAAUACUGGCAAUUACUUGCGUUACCGGUAACACGUACGUUGACAACGUAGUAAACAAUGUCUUCAGAACUCUACGUGUUUGCGAUGCUUUGGAUAUACCAGUGCAUAAAGGCGCAGAUUCUGCACUAUUGUCAACAGAAAGUGCACGGAUAGUUGUACGUCAUGGAUUUCAUCACGGCUCCGAUGGAUUCGGCGAUGUUUAUACUGAUAAGCCUGAUAUCAGUAAACUCAAAGAAGAGCACGCCGUAUGCGCGUUGCAUAGGAUAACGGCUAAAUAUCCUGGUGAAGUAACAGUGCUUGGUCUUGGGCCUUUAACUAAUGUUGCUAUCGCUGUGAGAAUGUAUCCAGAUUUCGCGAAAAACGUUAAAAAAUUCUUAGUCAUGGGCGGGAAUCUAUGUGCUCUUGCAGGUAGCCUAUCAUCACAAGUAGACUUUAACUUUUUUGCUGACCCAGAGAGUGUGCAUAUAGUUAUGAAUUUUGCAGCAAAGAAGAUGUGGUUAUUGCCCUUAGGAACAUGCAUGAGAUCGAAUAUUACUCAUGAAUGGAGAGACAACGUAUUCGGCAAAAUAGACACUCCUGUGGUAGAACUCAUUAAUACAAUCGAUAGUGGUAAAUACAAAACUAGCAAAAAGCGAACAUUGAAUUAUAGACCCUGCGAUGCACUUUUAGCUGGUGUUUUGCUCAGGCCUGACAUUGCUAAGGAUCUAGCGUUACACCAUGUUGAUAUAGAACUUAAUGGUCUGAAAACAAGAGGGCAAGUUGUAAUUGAUGAUCUCGCGUCGAAUGAACCAAAUGUGCACAUUAUUCAAGAUCUAGACUUUGAAACUUUCAAAGAUCUCUUAAUUUACGCUGCUAAUCCGAACACAGAAAACAGUAGAGUACUUUUAUAAUAAUAGUUUAUUAAUCACUUUUUACGCAUAAUUAUAUCAAAUAAAACUCACGUGGAACUCUUAA